CCUCAUUUUGUUGUUGUUUGGUUUUGUUCUGAUUUUUCCUCAAAAAGAGUCAAGACAGCCCGAAUUUAAGUCUCUGUUUGGAAGAAUUCCAGGACCUCAAAAGCAAAUAUUAGAAACCAUGUAAAAGCCUGUCAGAUUAUUUGCCCUUAGAAAGGUUUAGGGAAUAGGAAGUCAUAAGAGCUUUUAAAUCCAUUUUCUUUGGUCAGAAGACUAGAAGUACAAGGGUCAAGAGAGGUUGCCCUACCUGACAUUCUUGCACUUGCUGUAAAUAAUAGUGACCUACCUGUAAAUGAUUUCCCCCAUAAUCCAGACAUCUAUACACUAAGUUCAGUCAUUGCUUUCUUUAGAUGGGUUCCCUAAGAGUUAAGUGUGAUCUGUGAAUGGUAGUUGAGAUAAAAACUAGAAAUAAGGAAAAGAAACUGUCUUUAAAAGAAGUGUCUCGAGUUUCCGUUUACAAGCCUGAAGGGUUGUUGUACAUAUUAAAACUGCUGCAUAGCUCCAUCCCUGGUCAAAGAAAUCCCUCCUCCUAACACCCCCACCCCACCCCCGUGGACACUGAAGAUGUCAGAUCUCUGGGAAACAGCAGUUAGAAAAAGGAUGCUUUUCAUAGCUUGUACUAGAAAACGCUGGCACCCCCAUCCCUGCUUAAAAUAGCACUAAACUGAGUCACAAUGCAGGAAGCUAUACCUUCUGUGUCUCUUCAAUAGAAUCUAGCUCGUUUCUAGUGAAAUGCUAAAUAAUACUGCAUAGCUUUGCCCAUGUAUGUGACAUGUCAAUUCUAUCCCCCGUUUGCCCUAGAUAAUUUUACGCUUUAUCCAUCAGCAUGCCACACAAGAUAGAAAAAUGCAGUUAACAAGAUGACAGUGUUAGCUAGGUAUUUGGCAUCGAUAUUAGUGAAAGUCUGUCAUUUGACAAUUAUUUCCCUAGCAUACCAGACGGUAAAGAAAAUGUUUUCAUUCAUCCGCAAAUGACUAACAUUUUAUUGAUGUUUCAAAAUGCGGUUGAAACUAUUGCACUCUCAAUUUCCGAGUCGGUUUUGAGAGUCAGGGCAGAAUACUAAUAUCAGUAACUCCUGCCUCAAAUGUCUCCGUUAACUGCCCAGACUUGGAGUGUCAGUUCAGCAGGGAGGUGUUGCUAGUUAAGGAUUCUUCGAUAAGCCAGUCUGGGUGGUCACAGGUGAUGGGAACCCUUCCCUUUCCCCAUAUAUCCCCGUGCAUGGCGAUAAAAAUCACUCUGAACACUGCUACCACCAAGCAAAACGACUCCCUGCCUGCCUCCUAAAGAGCUUAGUCUGGGGAGGCAGCCGGAUGCUGACCCCUGCAGAGAGUAUUGCUUCGGUGCGCUUUGCCAAAGGACCCUGCUAGCAUUAUGGAAAACGAGUUAGGUACUUGUGAGGUUUUGCUUUAUUUCCUCCAAAGGAAGAAGAACUGGGAUCUGGCAAAGAAAAUCCUCUUCAAAGACUGCUAAAGGGGGAUGGGGUGAAGGAAGGGAGAAAGUUGGGGGUGAGGGGGAGGGAGCUUAUUUUUUAAUUACUUAUUUCCCACUUUCACUUCCCCGCUCUGCUUCCCCAACUCCUCGCUGAACAAGAUUGAUUGGUGUAGCUGCUAACGACUCAGCCUCGGUUCUCGCAUUGAUUUGCAAAUGGCCCGGAAAAGCUUAGGGAUCUUGAAUCUGGAAAUGAGUUCAAGAAGGAAAGAAGAAAAAAAAAGAGUAGGGGAUGGCCCUAUGCCUAGUAUCUCCUUCUGCCUAGGGCCAGGGCAGGGCUGAAAACAGCCCGGCGAGCUGCGGCGGGGCUGCUGCAUGGGGAAGCUGAGGUUACCGCUCCGCACCGCGGAGGAGCAAGCCUGUUCAACCCGGUUUGGAGAUUGUUAAGAAAUACAACCCUGCGACUCGUUAAACCGCUUAACUCUACCCUGCCUUGACUCAGAUGCGCCGAUCUGAUAGGCUCAAAUGGGUUAAACUGCCUCUUACAUAACGGGACUGCCUGGCUCUACACAAUUAAAACACUUGAUUGCAGUCUUUUCCCGACUCUGCAUCCCAGCACGACCCGCCCCGUGCCUCCCAGCGCGCCUGCGUGCCGCGCGUGCACAGGCCCCCGCGCGCACGCUGGCCCUCGCGCGUACUACACACUCUCCAUCACACACACACUCCAUGUUGACCAUAAACAAUCCCCUACUCACACACACAACUUAGUGUCAACACGCACAGAUAAAAGAGGGGCGUCCUGCAAUCCAUACUGGCCGACCCCCGCAGUCACGCAAGCUGCUCUACCGUAAGGCCUUGCACCUCCUCGUGUCCCCGCAAAAAAGCAGCGCCCCGCCACCAUUCCCUACCUAUUCCCGAGAAAAGGCAAAGAGAGAACUAGUUGGCUGCUCGUUAACUGCAGCGUAGCUACCCAGGCGAGAUUAAAAACAAAAAAACAACUCACAGUCGCCGGCGUCAUGAUGGCGCCGACCACAACUUGGAGGACUUCAAACUUACGGUGCCUCGAGAGGUAAAACGCACCGGUGAGGGAAGGGAAAGCGCCCCUCAGCUCUCUUCACCCCAGCCCCGACACGCAGACUUUUCUAGCAAAGCAUCCCUCUAGCGCUUACGACAGUAAGGAAAGCCUUCAUUCUACGGUGGCUCUCAUUCCCCCUCGGUUUGCAUAAUUGUGAUACAGUUCCUCCUAAUUAUUUUUUUCGUUGUCUUUCUUUUCUUUUUUUCUUGCUUUCGUUUUUCUUUUUUUCUUUCUUUCUUUUCUUUUUUUUUUUUUUUUUAAUCCACCCCCCCUUCUCCAUCCCCAGUCCCCGGGCGGGGUUGCUAAGGAAACGGCCGCUUGGCAACGCGCGCGAGCCCGGGGGCCGGCGGCCGGCGCAGCGCCCCGCGCUGCUUCUGCUGCUGCUGCUGCUGCUGCUGCGAUUGCAGCCGCCGCCGCCGCUCGCCCUGCCUCCUCCGCUGCCGCCGCGCCUCCUCCCUCACUCUCCGGCGCGCUCGCCUCCUCGCUAGAUGGUGUGCGAGCCGCCCGAGAAUUAGACACACUCCGGACGCGGCCAAAAGCAACCGAGAGGAGGUGUAGUGUGGUGCCAGGGGGAGGGAGGGGAGGGAGGGAGGGAAAGCGAAGAGGAGGAGGGGGAGGCAAAAACACCGAAAAACAAAAAGAGAGAAACAACACCCAACAACCAGGAGUGGGGGGGAAGAAAGAAAGAAAAGAAACCCACCCACCCAUCAAAAAAAAAAAAAAAAAAAAAAAAAAAAAAUCCUGUGGCGCGCCGCCUGGUUCCCGGGAAGACUCGCCAGCACCAGGGGGUGGGGGAGUGCGAGCUGAAAGCUGCUGGAGAGUGAGCAGCCCUAGCAGGGAUGGACAUGAUGAUGUUGGUGCAGGGUGCUUGUUGCUCGAACCAGUGGCUGGCGGCGGUGCUCCUCAGCCUGUGCUGCCUGCUACCCUCCUGCCUCCCGGCUGGACAGAGUGUGGACUUCCCCUGGGCUGCCGUGGACAACAUGAUGGUCAGAAAAGGGGACACGGCGGUGCUUAGGUGCUUUUUGGAAGAUGGAGCUUCAAAGGGUGCCUGGCUGAAUCGGUCAAGUAUUAUUUUUGCGGGAGGUGAUAAGUGGUCAGUGGAUCCUCGAGUUUCAAUUUCAACAUUGAAUAAAAGGGACUACAGCCUCCAGAUACAGAAUGUAGAUGUGACAGAUGAUGGCCCAUACACGUGUUCUGUUCAGACUCAACAUACACCCAGAACAAUGCAGGUGCAUCUAACUGUGCAAGUUCCUCCUAAGAUAUAUGACAUCUCAAAUGAUAUGACCAUCAAUGAAGGAACCAACGUCACUCUUACUUGUUUGGCCACUGGGAAACCAGAGCCUUCCAUUUCUUGGCGACACAUCUCCCCAUCAGUUGCUCCUACUAUUCAGGAAAUUAAAUCUGGCACCGUGACCCCAGGACGCAGUGGCCUGAUAAGAUGCGAAGGUGCAGGUGUGCCGCCUCCAGCCUUUGAAUGGUACAAAGGAGAGAAGAAGCUCUUCAAUGGCCAACAAGGAAUUAUUAUUCAAAAUUUUAGCACAAGGUCCAUUCUCACUGUUACCAAUGUGACACAGGAGCACUUCGGCAAUUAUACUUGUGUGGCUGCCAACAAGCUAGGCACAACAAAUGCGAGCCUGCCUCUCAACCCUCCAAGUACAGCCCAGUAUGGAAUUACCGGGAACGCUGAUGUUCUUUUCUCCUGCUGGUACCUUGUGUUGACACUGUCCUCUUUCACCAGCAUAUUCUACCUGAAGAAUGCCAUUCUACAAUAAAUUUAAAGACCCAUAAAAGGCUUUUAAGGAUUCUCUGAAAGUGCUGAUGGCUGGAUCCAAUCUGGUACAGUUUGUUAAAAGCAGCGUGGGAUAUAAUCAGCAGUGCUUACAUGGGGAUGAUCGCCUUCUGUAGAAUUGCUCAUUAUGUAAAUACUUUAAUUCUACUCUUUUUUGAUUAGCUACAUUACCUUGUGAAGCAGUACACAUUGUCCUUUUUUUAAGAUGUGAAAGCUCUGAAAUUACUUUUAGAGGAUAUUAAUUGUGAUUUCAUGUUUGUAAUCUACAACUUUUCAAAAGCAUUCAGUCAUGGUCUGCUAGGUUGCAGGCUGUAGUUUACAAAAACGAAUAUUGCAGUGAAUAUGUGAUUCUUUAAGGCUGCAAUACAAGCAUUCAGUUCCCUGUUUCAAUAAGAGUCAAUCCACAUUUACAAAGAUGCAUUUUUUCGUUUUUGAUAAAAAAGCAAAUAAUAUUGCCUUCAGAUUAUUUCUUCAAAAUAUAACACAUAUCUAGAUUUUUCUGCUCGCAUGAUAUUCAGGUUUCAGGAAUGAGCCUUGUAAUAUAACUGGCUGUGCAGCUCUGCUUCUCUUUCCUGUAAGUUCAGCAUGGGUGUGCCUUCAUAAAAUAAUAUUUUUCUCUUUGUCUCCAACUAAUAUAAAAUGUUUUGCUAAAUCUUACAAUUUGAAAGCAAAAAUAAACCAGAAUGAUAGUUAAACCAUACACUAUCUCUAAGUAAUGAAGGAAGGAGCUAUUGGACUGUAAAAAUCUCUUCCUGCACUGACAGUGGGGUUUGUGAAUUUUGCCCCACACUAACUCAGUUCUUGUGAUGAGAAACAAUUUAAUAACAGUAUAAUAAAUAUACCAUAUGAUUUCUUUAGUUGUAGCUAAAUGUUAGAUCCACCGUGGGAAACCAUUUCCUUUAAAAAGACAGCACAGUCCACUCAAAGGAUUGCCUAGCAAUACAGCAUCUUUUCCUUCCACUAUUCCAAGCCAAAAAUUUUAAGAUGAUUUGUCAGAAAGGGCACAAAGUCCUAUCACCUAAUACUACAUGAGUUGGUAAGCACUCAUCAUUAAUUUUGUUUUGUGGCAGCUAAGUUAGUUGACAGAGGCAGUGCUCCUGUGGACAGGAGCAUUUUGCAUAUUUUCCAUCUGAAAAUAUCACUCGGUUGAUAGUCUGGAAUGCAUGUUAUAUAUUUUAAAAGUUCCAAAAUAUAUUAUAACAGACAUUCUAUAUUGGUAUGUAGCAGACCAAUCUCUAAAAUAGGUAAUUCUUCAAUAAAAUCUUUCUAUAUAGCCAUUUCAGCUCAAACAAGUAAAACCAAAAAAGACCAUCCCUUAUUUUUUCUUACAUGAUAUAUGUAAGAUGUGAUCAAAUAAAGACAAAACACCAAUGAUGAGAAUAUCUUAAGAUAUACUAAUUAUCAAAAUAUUGUGAAUGUUAAAUUAUUUCUACUAUAAAUAAUGAAAACUACAUUUUGAAGGAAAAUGCUGUUACUCGAAACAUUAAAUUGCAGGAAUAGUUUGAUGGUUUCACUCUUUACUAAAGAAAGACCAUCACCUUGAAAGCCAUUUUACGGGUUUGAUGAAGUUACCAAUUUCAGUACACCUAGAUUUCUACAAAUAGUCCCCUUUUCUAAGUCAUAACAACAAAGAUCCUACAAUAAAAUUAGAGACAAGAAAUUUUGCAGUGGUUAUACAUAUUUGAGAUAUCUAGUAUGUUGCCCUAGCAGGGAUGGCUUAAAAACUGUGAUUUUUUUUUUCUUCAAGUUAAACUUAGUCCCAAAGUACACCAUAAAUCAAUUUUAAUUAGAAAAAUGAAUCUUAAAUGAGGGGACAUAGUAUACUCUUUCCACAAAAUCGUAAUGAUAAGGCAUAAAGCUAGUAAAUCUACUAACUAUAAUAAAUGUAUGACAUUAUUUUGAUUGAUACAUUAAAAAAGAGUUUUUAGAACAAAUAUGGCAUUUAACUUUAUUAUUUAUUUGCUUUUAAAAAAUAUUCUUUGUGGAAUUGGUGAAUAAACUACAAAAUAUUAUUUUGUAUUGCAGCUUUAAAGUGGCACACUCCAUAAUAAUCUACUUACUAGAAAUAGUGGUGCUACCACAGAAAAUGUUAACCAUCACUACCAUUGUUUGGGAGAAAGAAACAGAUCAAGAAUGCGUAUUAUUCAGUGACCGCUUUCCUAGAAUUAAAAUACCUCCUCUUUGUAAGGUUUGUAGGUAAAUUGAGGUAUAAACUAUGGAUGAACCAAAUAAUUAGUUCAAAGUGUUGUCAUGAUUCCGAAUUUGUGGAGUCUGGUGUUUUUACCAUAGAAUGUGACAGAAGUACAGUCAUAGCUCAGUAGCUAUAUGUAUUUGCCUUUAUGUUAGAAGAGACUUUCUUGAGUGACAUUUUUAAAUAGAGGAGGUAUUCACUAUGUUUUUCUGUAUCACAGCAGCAUUCCUAGUCCUUAGGCCCUCGGACAGAGUGAAAUCAUGAGUAUUUAUGAGUUCAAUAUUGUCAAAUAAGGCUACAGUAUUUGCUUUAUUGUGUGAAUGUAUUGCAUAUAAUGUUCAAGUAGAUGAUUUUACAUUUAUGGACAUAUAAAAUGUCUGAUUACUCCAUUUUAUCAGUCCUGACUGUACAAGAUUGUUGCAAUUUCAGAAUAGCAGUUUUAUAAAUUGAUUUAUCUUUUAAUCUAUAACAAGUUUUGUUAGCUGUUCAUUUCAGGAUUAUAUUUUCUACAGGUUCCAUUUGUGGGACUCCUUUUGUUGCCCCUAUUUUUUUAAAGAAGGGAGAAAGAAAAAUAAGUAGCAGUUUAAAAAUGAGAAUGGAGAGAAAAGAAAAAGAAUGAAAAGGAAAGGCAGUAAAGAGGAAAAAAGGAAGGGUGGAAGGCAUGAAGGAAGGAAGGGAAGAAGGCAGGGAGAAAGAAAGGAUGAGAGGGAAGGAAGAAUCAGAGUGUUAGGGUAGUUAACUUACACAUUUGCAUUCUUAGUUUAACUGCAAGUGGUGUAAUUAUGUUUUACAAUGAGCACAUUUGAAACGUAAGUCCUAUUAUACCAUUGAGUUCCUAUUAUGCAGCAAUUAUAUAAUAAAAAGUUUGCCCAAGUUAUAGUAAUGUGAGUGUUUUUGAGACACUAAGAGAUUUGAGAGAGAGAAUUUCAAAUGUAAAGCCGCUUUUGGGGGGUUUAUGACUUAACUGAAAAAUUAAUGCUUCAUCAUAAUGUUUAAGCUAUAUCUAGAAAGUAGACUGGAGAACUGAGAAAAUUACCCAGACAAUUCAGGGCAAAAAAAACCCAAACAUAUAUAUAUAUAUACACACACACAUAUAUAUAUAUAAAUACCCCUAUGUUUGAAGUCAAAAUACUCUGAAAAACUAAAUUAUCAAAGUCAUUCAUCUACAAUGAUCAAAUUUACUGAAUAAUUGUUAAUUUAUCCAUUGUGCUUAGCUUUGUGACACAGCCAAAAGUUACCUAUUUAAUCUUUUCAAUAAAAAUUGUUUUUUGAAAUCCAGAAAUGAUUUAAAAAGAGGUCAGGUUUUUAACUAUUUAUUGAAGUAUGUGGAUGUACAGUAUUUCAAUAGAUAUGAAUAUGAAUAAAUGGUAUGCCUUAAGAUUCUUUGAAUAUGUAUUUACUUUAAAGACUGGAAAAAGCUCUUCCUGUCUUUUAGUAAAACAUCCAUAUUUCAUAACCUGAUGUAAAAUAUGUUGUACUGUUUCCAAUAGGUGAAUAUAAACUCAGUUUAUCAAUUAAAAUAUGUAUUUGACUCA